AUGGUGCAAAUAAUAAUUAAAUAUGUAGAAAGACUGAUAGAGAGUAGAAAAGUUUUAAUUCUGAGAAAACGCUUCAGACCGGAUGAAGACCCGAAAGUUAAUGUGACGCUGGAUUCAGCUGUGAAAGACGUACUCGUUGCGGUGUCCGGUUAUAAACCAGCGAUACAUGUCGGAAGCAAGCUAAACGAUACAAUUAUCGUUGAACACAUUGCAGAUACAGAAAAAGCAAAAAUAAUAGCCUGGAAUAAUACAGAACCAGGAGAUUAUCACAUUGAAAUAAAAACUGGAAGUGGCACGAUUAAUACAUUAUUGACAAUAUAUGGAACAAGUAAAAUUACCUUUAGUUAUGGAUUCUCUGUUCUUAAGCCUAAAUAUAUGAACGAAACUACAAACAGACCAGUUGCAGGUAAAUGA